CCUCGCGCCGAUCUCUCUCUGAACCCUCCGAUCAUCAGCUGACUGCGACUUCUUCUGCUUUUCCCUUUUGUCUGCCUCCGCGACGUCACGAGAGAGGCUCUCUGUGAUUUGCUGGCCAGAAACAGGACUCAGGUUUAGCCCGGCUCGGUUCCCGUGCUAACAUGUCCCGGGUUCUGAUCGUGGGAGCGGGCCUGACGGGCAGCUUGUGCGCAUGUCUGCUGAGGAGAGAGCUGCAGAGCACGGUUCGGAUUGUGGUGUGGGACAAAGCCAGGGGCGCAGUUUGGUGCAAAGCCAGUGGAACAGUGUGAGUCUGUGUGCAGGCGGCAGGAUGUCCACCAGCCGCGCUCCCGACGCCUCGUCUCAAUCGGCUGAUCUGGGAGCGCAGUACAUCUCAGCCACGCCCGCCUAUGCUCGCUCCCACCACAGGUUUUACUCGGAGCUCCUCUCUGCGGGCCUCCUGCAGCCCCUCGACUGUCUCAUCGAAGGUCUGAAGGACCACGAGGGCACCGAGAACUAUGUGACGCCACUGGGCACGAGCAGCAUCAUCAAGCACUUCCUGUCACAGUCAGGAGCCGAUUUGUUCCUUGAGCAUCACAUGACCGGUCUGUAUCGCCGUGGUGCAUCGUGGGAGGUCGAGAGGAAGGCAGGAGCCAGUGAGAUGUUUGACGCCGUCGUCCUGACGAUGCCAGUCCCUCAGAUCCUGCAGCUGCAGGGAGACCUUGGACAAUUGCUGUCUGUCCAGCAGAGGCAGCAGCUGGAGGGCGUCGUCUACUCGUCCCGCUUCGCCCUCGCGCUCUUCUUUUCCCCUGACGCCAUCCUGAACGUUCCCUGGGGGGCGAAGUACGUCACGGACAGCAGCUGCAUCCGCUACGUCGCCGUGGACUCCAAGAAGCGCGGCGCAGACGCCCCAGGCCGCGGCCCCUCCCUCGUCGUACAUACCAGCGUCCCGUUUGGCCUGGAACACCUGGAGCGAGACAAGGAGGAUGUCCAGCCAAUCAUCUUGCGGGAGCUGCACAGGCUGCUCCCUGGCCUGCCUCAACCAAUCAACAUCAAGUGUCAGAAGUGGCGGUACUCCCAGGUGCAGACCUCGGUGCCUGACUGUCCGGGUCACAUGACCAUCCUGGACGAGCCGCUGCUCGUCUGUGGCGGCGACGCCUUCACCCACUCCAACUUUGAUGGCUGCGUGGAGUCCGCACUGAGCAUGCUCAGAGUGCUGAAGGCCAAAUUCGCCUGAUCAAUCAUUAAACUGAUCAAUCACAAUGUUUCUUCUGUCGAUCAAUGAACUGCAGAUUUGCAAGCUCGUGCUGCGUUCACUAACGUUAGUAAAAAGUUUGUUAAAACCA